AUAUGACAUCACUGUCAAAGUAUUUUACUGGCAGUGUUUUCAGCAGGGCGGAUGUUAGGGUUUGCGUGAUUCACUGUUGGUGAGUCUCUUUAAUGCUCUAUCACACCAGUGUUAUCUAUCCCCAAUACUGGAAAAUAUCAUGUCCGAAACUUGGCAGACGACUACAGAGUAGCGUUGCAGAAUGUCCACAGCCUACAGUUCUCCAACUGGGAGAGUGACGCUCCAGACAUGCAUGCUGCUGUGUUUGGUCUCCGUGGCAUCCUGCCAGUCGCCGUUGCACACGCACAGGAGAGGACGGAACCUCACCAUCCAUUCCUCCCAGCUGGUGUGCAGUCUCCCGGGCCCCCAGGGGCCUGCGGGACAACCCGGAGCCUCUGGAUCUCCAGGGGCUAUGGGCGCACAGGGGCCCCCAGGGAGAGAUGGCCUGGAUGGGAAGGAUGGAGAGAAGGGCGACCGGGGCGACGCAGCUGAGCCCGGGAGGCCAGGGAACCCCGGGAAGCCGGGGCCGAAGGGCAAGGCAGGUGUGAUCGGCAAGGCCGGGCCCCGGGGGUUCAACGGGCUGCGGGGCACCCCAGGGGUGACGGGCAAGCCCGGGAGGAAGGGCCCGCCGGGCGACGCGGGCGUGGACGGGGCCCCCGGUGGCUGCAGCUGCGGGGACAACAGGGCGCGCUCGGCCUUCUCCGUGGCGAUGACCAAGAGCUACCCCCAGGAGCGGCUGCCGAUCCGCUUCGGCCGCAUCCUGCUCAACGAGGGCGACCACUACAACGCCACCAGCGGGAAGUUCGUCUGCGCCUUCCCCGGGGUGUACUACUUCACCUACGACAUCACCCUGGCCAACAGGCACCUGGCCAUCGGACUGGUCCACAACGGGAACUACAAGAUCAAGACGUUCGACGCCAACACGGGGAACAACGACGUGGCGUCGGGCUCCACCGUGCUGCAGCUGCGGCGCGGCGACCAGGUGUGGCUGCAGAUCUUCUACUCCGGGCAGAAUGGCCUGUUCUUCGACCCGUACUGGACGGACAGCACCUUCACCGGCUUCCUCAUCUAUGCCGAUCGGCAAAAGCAACUGCCGAAAGCAACUAAUGAUGAAGAUUUGAAUUAGGCUUAUUUGUUGUGUUUUUCUAUUGCUUCACAGUAUUUACCUGGUUGAUUUCCAUAGGUUGACCACUUGGUUGCAUUCAAAAUGUUUAGGUGUAGGUGUGUUACCAUAACUGCAUAAACUGAAAGACAUGGGACGAGGUCAAAUAUAAUCGGACACCAGAUGGCGCUCUGCUCUUGGGACCUGGAGGGAUCGAAGAACGGAAAAACGUACUAAUUAAAACUAAAAACGAUUAAAAUCCAAAAUGGAUAGACAUACAGACAGACAGCGUAUCAUAAAGACGGACGGACAGAAAAAUCAGACAGAUGAAUAGAUAACAUUCCUUAAUUGAAUAAAAUAUAAUUGAAUAAAACAAGAUUAGCCUAUUCAGAACUUUGUACUCUAAAAAGUCCCAUAAACUAGCGUGUUUAUUACAAAUAAAUUAUUUAUUUACUUU